GUAAGCAGCGUUUUCCAGGCAAGUUGUCAAUCGUCCUCGAUACAAAAGAUUGGCUUUUGCGUUCUCACCACCAGUCACCAGAGCCCAAGCCUCAGCUCAUCCGCUUCACAAGGUAGACUGCAAAUUUGACUGUAGAUUUCAAUCCACAGUCACAUUCUACAAAUAGCUUAAGGCGGAGUAAAAUGCGGAGAACCCUAAAUCCCUUUGCACACUCCCGCUUAUAGUUAUCCAAGUGAAGCCUUUUUACACUCCCAUUUCUCAAGAAAGCUCCCUCUUCAAUGGCUGCUCAAGGGUUGUCUGUGCUCUCAGUUACACCCUCCUCGUCAGCCACAAAUCGACCCUGCGUGAAACCCUCCGAGCAAAUUACGGGUUUUAGUUUAUCGAAUUCUUUCGUGGGCACAAAGCUGCGGGCUCAGCCGUCAAGCUUCGGUCUGAUUACUUCUAAACGACGUCGUUCGGCGGUCGCCACCAUCUCCUUCAGUCUGCCCAUCACAUGGUCUGCAAGAUCAAUUAAGGCAUUUGCCUUGGCUGAGUUGCAAGCACAUAAGCUCAAUUAUCCGAAAACUGGGACUGAGGCUCUCCUCAUGGGUAUUUUGCUCGAAGGAACUAGUUUGGCAGCUAAAUUUUUGAGGGAAAAUGGGAUUACAUUUUACAAGGUCCAAGAAGAAACUCUAGAGUUUCUAGGGAAAUCUGGUAUAUUAAUUAUGAGCCCUGAAAAUCCACCCUUGACCAUACAAGCUCAGAUGGCCCUUGACUGGGCAGUUGAAGAGAAGCUGAAGUCAGGUGAAAGUGGCGAAAUAACGACCGCAUAUUUGGUUCUCGGAAUUUGGGCACAAAAGGAGUCUGGAGGGCAUAAUGUACUGGCUGCACUUGGCUUUAAUGAUGAAAAGGCGAAAGAACUGGCCAAAACUAUAAGAUUUAUUUGUAUCCUACACUAA